AUGGUGAAGGUUCAAAAGAUGCUCCCCUUGCAGCGGAUCGCUGCCGGAUCUCCGGACAGCGGCAACGGCAACUGGCCCACCCCCCCCCUCGAACCCUCCCGGUGUCUUGGCCAGUCUCUGAAUUCUCAAAAGUCGCAUGGCCCCCGCGCAGGCGGGGGCCAUGCGACUCUGGAAGGCGCCUCCACGCCCGCUGGAGUCUCUCUGCAGGUCGAUGCGUUCGCGGAGUCCAGCCCGCCCUUGGAAAUCACGUGUUCUACUGCGUCAUUUGGCUCCGCUUCGGCCACAGUUGCCUGUUCUUCGUCUUCUUCUGUCUCGUCGGUGUCCUCGCCAGUCGCCAGCUCCAGGGAGUCGGAAGGCCCGCGCGUGUGCGCUGCCUGCGGCCUUCCGGACCUUCGUGACUGGUACCCGUGCUACUAUCCGCUCAAUUCCGAAUGCGCCGGCGGCCGUUCUUUGUCUCGGUCGUCCACCUUCUCCAGACCUUUCGAGCAAGACGAGGACGAGACAACUGACAACGGCGCACUCGGCGCGUUCGUUAACGAAGUCUUCAGCCGGGGACAGCUGCUGGCCCGACCGGGUGUGGAUCGCCUCCCGGGCUCCGGCACAGCUGGGCAUGUUCAAGGCUGGCGGUCCCACGACCUCGAGAACGUUGGGGACGGAACCGAAAAAGGGAAUGAAGACUGGAAAGGGAAGAUCAUGGUGACGCCGAGCUGGGCGUAUGCCUUUGAAAACUUCCCAACCGUUUUCGCGUGCAGAGAGAAGAAAAAGCGAGAAAACACACUCCCUGUGACUUGGCGAGUCACGCUGCUCAUUGAGUGCCUCGCCAGACCUGGAAGCUUUACGCCUCGCCUCCGCUCCAUCGUCCGCGCUUCCUCGUUUGCGGGCGCGACUCGGCAAGUCACGAAACCCCGACGAGGCGGUCACUUCCUCGCUGCGGCUGCCUUCGCCAAGCGCUUUUUCGCACAAGCAGGAGAACGCGCUGCUUCCGACGAGGCGACCGGCGCGCCUGCAGGCUCCUGUGCGUUGUCUUCUCGAGAGAAGGCGGAGACCGCCUGUUCUGCUCACGCUGCGGAAGCAGUCCAGAAAGAACCGUCGAGAGCACACGCGCGUGGAGUGGAGGAUCCAGUGAAGCGUGGCCGAGGAAAGGUCUCGGGCGAAGCUCGCCCCCAAACACGGAAAGAAGCGGAAGCCGCCGUCGUUGCCGCCGCCCACACCCUGAGUGCGGAAGCGCUUUUCCAGAACUUUCUCGAGUGGCAGUGCGAUGAUCCGUCGGCUCUCUUUCCCGUCCGACUGCUUGUCUUUGCGCUCGGCCCCAAGGCGCCAGACAGCCAGGCCAAGACGCAAACACCUGACUCGGCGAGAGAGAAACACGCUGAGCGGGGCCAGCACUGUGCAGGCUGGGCUCAGCCUUUCGAUUUGUGGUCUUCUCAACCCGGAGGCCUUCUCUUCGCUGCGCCUCAGGAGUCUUCGGCCUCUGCUGCGGCCCGCAUCCCAGAGGCAGCGGUUCCCGCGGCGGUUCCGCUAGAGAAAAACGAGCGGAAAGACGUGCACCGACCUACGCAGUGGGCAGGGGACGAGAACGAAGUGCUCCGCAGUCAAGGGAACGAGGACGGCGCCAAGGAGCGCGGAACCGAAGCUGCAGUGCCUGGCGAAGCCGCAGCGGGUCCAAGACGUUCCGCCAACGUGGCAGCUGCGGAAGCAACGCUCGCUUGUCACGGAAAGAGGGCGAUGCCCCAGGAGGAGGGAGCAAAGACAAAAGCUUUGGUGUCCGACGGCGGGGAGCACGGCGAGGACUGUCGCCGUCCCCACGAAAAAUCCGAGUGUGCUCGAGACACCGCUGUUAAGGGAGAGUCGGCGCGACAGCGGGGCGAAGGACUUCGGGCGCGAAAGGCCCAGGAGGGGCCAAGGCUUGCCGGGGGCGGCGCCGGCGAGGAGCGAGUCAUGAAAGCAGAAUCCGUGGCCUCCAGGCUUGCGGAAGGGAUCUCUGUCGAGCAAGCGUCUGAUCCCCACCGUGAAAAAACCAGCUCGAGCCUUCUAGAAGGCGCCAACGGGCUGCCUCGCUCCCUGCAAUCCGCCCCCUUCGACGCAUCUUCCACUGCGUUGCCAUCCGUCCCUUCUCCGUGUUCACUUGCCGCCAUCCUGGUUCCACGCCCGACGCAAGCGGAACCUGGACCCUCGUCCUCCGUGUCAGAGUCCACAGCGGCGGCCGAGACAGAGGCACUGUCGCAGGCAAACUCCGAUGUCUCUUCUUCGCUCUCCGAGGCUAGGCCUGCGUCGCCCUCCAGCCAGCUGGUUUUCAGUUCAGCCGAGAAAGAAGAACAAGAGACUCCCUCGGGAAACGAAGUCCCGUGUCCUGUGCUGGUGAAGGAAGAAUGUGAAGAAGCAUCUCAAGGCGCUGCUGGCGAAGGCGGCGCUGUCGACGCCGCGGCUGCGGCGCAAGAGCGUCUCUCGUCUCCGCCCCGCCACUCUGUGGGUGUCUCCUGUUCCGGACCGCCGGCAAAUGAAGUGAGAGACGAGGCAGCGCCGAAAGGGGCUGGGGGCGGCGAAGGCCUGCAGGGGCCCUUGGACGUGAAGCCUGAACGAGUGAAGACAGAGCCGAUCCAAGCAAACCAGGAUGAACGAGGGAUGGGCGCGAGGACUGAAACGAAUCAAGUUCUCGAACGGGGCAGUGAGGAACGUCGAACCGGACUGAUUCAAGUCGGCAGCGCGCAUGCGACCACGCCACUCGCAAAUCGCUCCACGUGUGCUCCCCUCGAGUCUGCUCACUCCUCCGCUUUCGUCUCGUCUUCCUCUUCUUCCUCUUCUUCCUCUCCGUUGCGCUCCCCCCUGGCCUCCUCUCCGUUGCCGCCCUCCUCGCCGCACUCCUCCUCUUUCGCUUCUUCCUCCACGAGGACAGCUGCCUCCACGCCUGUGGCGAACUCCUCUUCGUCUGCAGCGUCCGUUUCUUGUCCUCGGGAAGCCCCGGAGGCGUGCUCGGGUCCUCCCGAGGACGACGGCUUUGCAGCCUACUGUCGGCAUUCCCAUUCGGAGACGCUUCUUCUGCUCGCGCCGAGCCGAGAAGAGCCCGACGCAGCGCUGCGCGAGUGGUGUGAAGCUCCCGGGACGAAGGCGCAGUCGUGGGUUUUUCUGGUCCCGCCGGCUCGGGGCUCGGCGGAAUCUUCUGCCUCCUGCGUCUCGCCGCUGCGAAGCCACGGAGCUGCGGGACACCCGAAACAGGCCGAGUCGGGUGCGGCGAACUCAGACCCGCCAGCUAGCGUCGGCGGCACGUGUACGUGCUGUUCGGAACGCACAGAAACCGACGCGUCCGGAGGGGCCUUGCAGGGAACGUGGAACUACGGAUGUUGUCCCGUUUGCUUCACGAACUGGCGGUGCGUUAUAGGUCCGGCGAAACCCACUCAGGCAGCGUCUGGCGUCCUCUGUCCGGCUGCUCACGGCCGGUGGCACGUCGGUUUGCGAAAGCCGUUUGAGAAGCGCAAUCUCCUCCAGACUUUUCUGCGCAAAUUCUGUGGGGAGUCCCUGCCCUGGAAUGCAGCGAAGAGUUGUUUCCUGGCUCCGCUCGGCUUCGUCUACGAAAUCGGGAAGCUCGCAGCGACGUUCGACUUCCACAUCGAAGACAGAGUCCUCCGACUGGUGCAGUGUCAGCUUGGCCUCCUCGCGUCGGCGGCUGGCGAGCCGACUGUGCUGGGCGUGGGGGACCAUUCUCGAGAGCACCCGAGCGGUGAGACGGCGAUGUGGCCACGUGAAGCGCACCACAUACGAAAUGAGUGGACGCAGUGGGUAGCGGACGAAGUGGAAACGCUCGCCGUCGAGACUCCCGGCAGCGAGGCGUGGCGCCACCGCCUCAAAGGCAUUCUGAGAAAGUCGCCCUUUUGGGGGUUUCGCCGGCUCUUCAUUGCCAUUCCCUACACCCCGCGUGCGCGAGACGCCCGUCUUCUCGCCAGCGGUCCGGGAGCGGCGGAGCCUCGAGCGCCCGCCUCGCUAGGGACUGUGUGCUACCUGUCUGCGUCGCCAAACGUCGAGGACCGCUGCCAGCGGUUCGAAGGAAUCCUUCGAGAAGCAGCUGAAGGCGGGCAAGGGUCCGGGCCUGCGCGAGAAAGAGGAGAGCACGCGUCGGCGCACCUCUGGGGCGGUUCACGGCGCAAAGAGACUGGAAAGAUCAAUUUAACUCCAGGAAGGGGGAAGUAUUUCCUGGUCGAUCGGCAAGAUCUCGGGGUUCUGCUCACUCGGUUGAGCGUGCGAAUGAUGGCGCGCAAAUGGAUCGGCCACGGCCUGGGGCCCGCGACGCAACGCGAUGCACGACUCCUCCUCGCCCUGUGCGGAUCCUCGUCUCGGCCGGAGAUGCCGGCGUCGGCGGAAGACCGGGAGGAAGCGAGACGGUCGAAACGGGACCGCGAUUUUCGUGUCGAAGCAACUCGAGACGCUGCCGCGAGCCAGUCCAACCGGCAAGCCCCGGGGCGAGGUGACCUCUCGUUUUCCAAGGGCUCAAGGCCCGCGUCGGCAGACCCUCUUGCUCGGCAAUCCCUCUUUCUCGCCGACAGCGAUGACGAGAAAGAGAAUGUUCGCCACAAAAAACGGCGGGCGCGCGAGGAGAAGAAGCGAGACGAAAAGCGCCCGCGACCUCGAGAACGCGAAGACAGAUCCGACGAGUCGCCAGAUCGCGCCUUGGACCGAGCCGCUGCGCCAGCCCACAUCGACGUCCGAGAAAUGCUUUUCACCGCAGUGGCGAAGACUGAGGAGGCGACGAAAAAACUGGAAGACGAACUCGAUACCCUGCUGAGGAAAGUGAGGCCGCCCCGAGCCACCUGGGACGCAGAUGGGCGAGUUUCUUCCAACGGCCCCGGCACUGGCGGGCUCCGCUUGGUCCGGGAACCCGGCGGCUCUGUCGAAUGGGCGUACAUUGCCUUUUUGGUUCUUCCGAAUCUUCCUCCCUCGCUGAAGCGGAAGGCCGACAGGGUUUCCGAAAGGCACCGGCCGAACGCCAGUGAGGUCUGGGUGGACUUCUACAACCCGAAGCUGCUUUGCGGCCUCGUGGGCGGCGCCGUAUUGAUUGAGCGUCGCGUGCUGGACGACGUGGAAAGGCGCAAGGCGUGGCCAAGCGAUGGGACGCCUGCAAAGGUGGAACUCGACAAACUCGUCGCGAAAUCGGAGGCUUCCAUCGGCAUCGCGUUGGGUUCGUCGUUCCUCACGGCGGACAUGCGCGAGCGAAACGCGGAGGGCGGCCUAUUCAAAGAUUACCGCUUCUACGUCUCGGGCGAUCGAGACAGUAGAGAGCACCGACUGUGCCGUCUGCUCAUCGAGUUGGGCAACGGGGCCUUCGAGACGCGACUCAAAGUGACGGACUACGUCGUUUUCUGCGACGACUCCGAGAGAGACAUUGUUCAAGCAGUUCAGAGGCUGCAGCAGAGAGGAGAGGUGAAGGUCCAAAACACUCUAGGCGACAGACACACGAACCCGGUGACGCCCAAGUUCCUGUACGACUGUAUUCUCGGCUGGGCUGUGAUGUGCCCCAGUCGAGAGCGAGGCCACGUCCCUUUCUCGAAGGCUUUCGGUCGCCACUAG